AUGUCGGGAGCCUCUCUCAUGAUGCAGGAGGAUCACCAGAAACAGAGUGCCCUGGCCGACGGAUGCAUUCAGGUCAUCGUGCCUUCCAGUGUCGAUGACAGAACUCAGACUGAACACCAUCGGUUCGACCAACAGGCAGAGUGGUUCCGGGUGACCAUGGCCAGCCUUACGGCACAAGGCGAAGAGCCUAAUCUCCAGGUCACGGACCGUUUCAAGAAACUAUGCAAUCCCAAUGCCCAGUUCAGUCUUGGGCAGUAUCCGAGCCUUGUGUCCUUCGUUGGCGAUACUGGGGUGGGCAAGUCAACGCUUGUCCGUGCAAUGAACACAGUUGGCAUUGUAGAACAAAUGCAGAAAGCCGGCGUCAUGGACUGGAGACAUGUAUUUGGCUGUCAGCUGCAUGGCCCCGUCACGAGGGCAACUUCUGCACGAAGGACUACGCGCCCAACCUCAGUCGGCGUCCACCUUUAUCGAGACCAGACCAUUGUCCAUGUAAGGGACGACCAUGGGAAUCAAGAGGAUGUCCCGAUACUCUAUGCCGACUGUGAAGGCUUCUCGGCCGGCAGUAUGAGAACAGAUGCUGAAUUAAGCACUGCGACGAGCUCGUCCCGUGGUUCACGGAUAAGGUCUGGGUCCCUGACAUCACAAACCUCGCACUCAAGGCCGCGCGCCGACUCAAAUACACCUCCUGAGCUCCCGGCAGCCCCAGGAAUGGAAGGCCCGCUACAGCUAGAUCUCGUCAUCAAGACGCCCGGCUUCAAGGAAAUGGGCAAGGCGAGCGCAGAUGUCUUCUACGCUCGCUUCUUGUACGCCUUCAGCGACGUCGUCGUCUUCGUGAUCAACGAGGAACAGAAGAUGAAGCGAGAAAUGCAACGGCUGCUUGAGUGGGCAGUAUCUGCCGUGAAGACGUCGAGGAGCAGGAGCUCACCUCGAACCCUCCUUGUCGUCCGCAACGGUCCGAGGAGUCACCACGACUCUUUCUACGAUGACGUCGACCUCAAGAACGAGAUGUUCCAGGAUUUUGGCGACAUCUGGGACGAUUCGCGCAUUCUCACCGACUACAAGGUGGACCAUAACUUGAAGUGCAGCCGAAAUGAGGACAAGAUCUACGACAACGAUCAGUAUUUCAGGCUCUUCUUCCGCGAGACCACAAUCUGUUACAUCCCGAGCAUACAGAGCGGACAGUCGCCCGAUCGCAUGUAUCAACAGUACUCUCAUCUUCGAAGGCUGAUCGUGAGUGGCGUCCAAGCAGCUCAAAAGGCUCGCUCCAAGUCAUACUUUCGGCAUGAUGUUCCAUCUGCGAUCGACUUGAUCAGCCAGGCUUUCAGGCACUUUGCGGAAUUUAAUGAGCCGUUCGACUUUCACGUGGCGGCAAGGAAAGACAACCCGACCCCAAUAUCCAUCCCCGGGCACAUUGCCAAUCUUCUCCGCCACCUAGGCACCACCAAAGAGAGGUUCUCCAAGUUUGAAAUUAUUGUCGCGAUAUGUUUGAUCUCAUACAACUAUCGAUCCUCUCGACUCGGAAGGGAACCUGCAGACAUCUUCGACGACGAACUUUCACACAUAUGCCGAAAGGGGCUGGAGAUCUAUCAGAAACAGUUCUUGCGCUGCGCUCUUUCGAUGGGCGACGGGACCAGAUGCGUCAAUUUCGCGUAUAACCACGAUUGUCAUCAGAGUAAGAAUGGCCUUAUCUGGACUGGGCCCAUCGAUCGCUCAUGUUUCGAGAAAGACGUCGCCGAUGUGGUGGAAGGGGUCAGAAAGGCGUUCAUUGACCUAUACUCCGAGCUGUGGGAUGUCAAGCGCACAUCGUCGAAUCCCCCUCUUGCGCGGGUUCCAACGCUGCGAUCUCAAGACUUUAACAGGGUCGAUCUGAUAUGGUCGGACCUCAAGAGCAACAUGACCUGCUUUGCCUGUCUGCAAUAUGCGCCUGAUCAUGUACUGCCGUGUGGCCACGGCUACUGCGAGGAUUGCGUCAAAGAUUUCGGCAAGGUCCUCCCACAAAAGUCCUACCACUAUGUAAUGGACGAGUGUGUCCUGUGCAAUGCCACGGCAGCCGAGUGGCAGACACGGAGAAUCAUCAGACUCAAUCCUCGCUGCGGAGGGAUAAGAGUGCUCACGCUGGAUGGCGGCGGCGUCCGGGGCGUCAUUGAACUUGCGCUGAUUGAGAAGAUCGAGCAGAGGAUCGGUUUGAACCUGCCCAUCUCGGAAUUCUUUGAUUUGGUCGUUGGCACCAGCACAGGGGGCAUCAUCGCUCUCGCCAUAACAAACUCGCACAGGGACAUCAGGACCAGUGCAAUCACAUCCAACUUCAUUAGCCUGGCGAAGAAAGUCUUCGAAAGGGAUCGCUUUGGCCACGUUUGGAGGAUGGAUCCGCUGAGAGUUGUCAACAGGUCCAUGGUGCUGAAUAUCAUGAUGGUGCUGCGGGUCAUCAAAAGCAGGUACAAAAGCAGCACCCUAAAAGACUGCUUGCUCGACUUCUUUGACCCGAAUCAACCCAUGUUCGGGGGCGCCGUCGUGUCCUAUCAGCAGAGAACAGCGAGAGUGGCCGUCACAAGUACCAGCGAAGGAUCCCCUUGUUUGUUCACGAACUACAGUCGUGCUUCGUACGCUCGAGCAGACGUCUCCGAUGUAGAACAUUUGGUGGACAAUCGAGGGUUUGAGCGGCAAGACAACCCCGACAUGGAAGCGCGAGUCUGGGAAGCAGCCAUGGCCACGUCGGCCGCACCGGGUUACUUCCACGAAUGGAGAAUCGAAGAUGCCGAGAAUCGAAAACAGCGCAGGGUGCCGUUCCGGGAUGGGGCUCUACAUUCCAACCUCCCUGUGCAAUGUGCUUUGGAAGAGCAAGACCGCAUCUGGCCAGCUCAUAAAGACUAUAAGAAACCUUUGGACAUCCUGGUAUCCCUCGGCACAGGCAAACCACUCAAGGAGAAAGAAAUCCCUCGCUGGCUGGAAUUCGCAGGCGUAGGGGACAUUGCCGCGGCGUACUACAAGAAUGUCAUCAACACCGAUGCCGUCUGGGACGCCUUUGUCAACACCCCACGCAGCAAUUAUUCGCCAGGCCGCCAUUUCCGGCUGACCAUUGACCUGGAAGAGCGUGUCGGACUCGAUGAAUGGGACAAAAUGCACAGCCUGUACGACAAAGUGGGCCAACUCUACGAUUCGUCGUCCAAAGACCAGGCGGGAAUGUGGAAGAAAAUCGACGAGAUCGCGUACAAGCUCACAGCCUCGCUGCUAUUCUUCGAACCGGAGAAGUGCGAGCCUGUCCUCACGCGCGGGCAGACCCAGAGGCGAGAACAGAUCAGCGGGACCAUCCUGUGCAGACUUCAGUCGCCGAGUCCUGCGUUGCGCACGCUCAUCCGUCGCAUUGAAGGAUUUUACCAUCAUGCCGCAAGUCGACAUGUGGACACUCCACUACAGUUACCACGAGACUGGAAGAACGUGGCCCUCCAAGCAGAGCAGAAUGGACAGCCGUUUGGUAUCCCUUGUCGGCUGGACAAUGCCGAAGGAGCCGCAGUCCGGCAGAGCUUGCUCGUCAAGUUGAAGCCUCCAGGCGAAGCGGGCGAGGGGUCUUUAGAGCCCAUUAGUGGCUUUCCGAUCACCUUCCAGGAGUUGAAGGCUGGGAUGUUCCAGAGGGGCUUCAAGUGA